AUGACACAACAGUUACCACCAUCAGUAGAGAAUGCAAUAGUUACACCUCUAAAAACAACAACGUAUUUCUCAUCAAUCCCUAAGAAGAUUAAACAAAGUAAAACACCCGUUAUAGUAGGUAUUGAUGAAGCAGGUAGAGGACCAGUAUUAGGGCCUAUGGUAUAUGGAAUAAGUUAUUGUUCGUUAGAAUAUCAGGAAAACUAUUUAAAACCUAAUUUUGAAUUUGAUGAUUCCAAAAAACUAACGGAUUUGAUUCGCCAGGAAUUGUUUUCUAAAAUUUGGUUGAAUGAAGGUAUAAAUUGUAUUGAUGAGGUUGGCUAUGGUAUCACCUCCAUAUCUGCAUGUGAUAUAUCAAGUAACAUGUUAAAAUUUCCCAAUUCGUUUAACUUAAAUGAACAAGCACAUAUCACAACAAUUAAUUUAAUUCAAGGAUUGAUUGAUAUGGAUAUUCAAAUAGAACACGUCUAUAUCGAUACUGUUGGUCCCCCAAUUGCAUAUCAAAGGAAAUUACAAGAAAUUUUUCCUAAUUUUAAAAUAACGGUUGCCAAAAAAGCAGAUAGUCUAUAUUACAUAGUCAGUGUUGCAAGUGUUGUAGCUAAAGUCACUAGAGAUUUAAUUUUGCAAAAUAUUGUUGGUAGUGCUGGAUCUUUUGGUAAGAUUGGCUCAGGUUACCCAUCGGAUCCUAGAACUGUAGCAUGGUUAAAAAAUUAUGGUAAUAAUUUUAAAUUGUUUUGUUGGCCUAAAGAAGUAACUAGAUUUUCUUGGGGGACUUGUCAACAACUUAUAGCUAGAGAUAAUGCUGGAGAUAAUUAUUUGCCGAUUAGCUGGGAAGAAGACUAUAUUGAUAAUAAAAGUCGAUCCAGGAAAAGGAAGUUACCUACAGGCACUGGUAAAAUAGAUUUGUUUACAACUGCCACUACCGCGGUCAAGGACAGUAAUGUACGUAUAAUCAGUUUAGAUGAUUGGUAUAAAUAA